AUGUCCGUAAUUGUUCGCCAAGCUUACGAACAUCUUCCCAAUAACCAAAUAACCCAAAAUGCUAACGUGAGUGGAUGGAGUUUCCUCCAAUUUCUCUCUGAAACCAAACACAUUGUCCAAAACAGAGAAGACGACACAAACAAAACACCUUACGUUCACCCGAUCGAGAAGCGUCCCGUAGCGAAACUGAGCCUUGAGAUGUGCACAGAGAGUCUUGGAACCGAGAAUGGUAGUGAGAGUGGAGACGAAAUCUCUUUGCUUGCAAUCGAAGCAACAAAUAUGUCAAUGAUUCCUCUUACUACAAAACCUGAUAAAGUAACUGACUUUACGGUCCGUGAAAACAUUUUUCCUCCGCCGUUAAACUUCUCCGUCAACUAUAGCCGUAUGGUGAAAUUGUAUGAAGAAGAUGGUCGUCUUGUAGUUCAAGCGAUUAGGGUUUGUUCACCACCUCGUUGCUUUGUAUCAGAGCGUCGUGAAGGAAGGCUUCGUCUCUGUUUACUAAGCCAAGAUGGAGAUAAAGAGUUUGAAGAAAACGAAUCCGAAUUUAGGAGGUCAAGAAGGAGAUGCAAUGAAAAUGGGCAUGAGGCUAAAACCAUGCGUAAUUGGAAUCAGCAGCAACAAUUUUGGGUGGCCACUUGA